ACAGCCUACGAGUUGGCCAUAGUCGCUGUUAUGAACCAACUCACCGACCGGCCGAACUGGUAUCUCGAUAUAUUCAACGAGCAGGUUGUCGCGGACGACUGGCGAAAAGAGGCCUUCGCCAUGACGCCCCUGAUAGGCGAAAGGGCGUGGGCUUGGUGUGUAAAGGAGCUACGGGAUAAAGCGGUCUAUUUCCGCGAAAAAAAUCCACAUAUUCGGUUGUUGGAUACGGGUUCCUACGUUGAGAAUAAGCUUCCCGAAUGGGCGCUCGCGUUUAGAAUACCCACCGAAUCCAGGAAAAGAAUAUAUCGCAAAUUCCAAGAAGCGCUACACAGCAGCAAGGAUGACCAAACGAGGGAGGACAACCAAGCCAAGGAGUUGCCUCCGCCGGACUCGGACCUCUGGCAACGAGCCAAGGAGUAUCUAGAACUCCCAGAGCACGGCUCAAAUACCCCCGUCGCAGCCCUAGACGACUGGAUGGAGGGCGAGCUCAAGCCGUGGUGGAAUAUUGCACGGAAAUUAGAGCGUCUAUUGCGCUUCAAACAUCCGGAACCGGGAACCGCUUUUUCGUACAAGGAGUGGAAGACCAAUCGACACAACGACAAAGCCAUUAUGGACAUCGCCCCCUCUCACCCCACCCCCCCGCACAACCCCUACACGAUCUCGCUCCCAGACACAUUCCGCAAGCAAGGCCUACAAAUCAUCGUAAAGAUGGAGAACAUCGAACUCACCCCCCAACAGCCCACCUACACCAACGACGCUUGGCAGCUCGACGGCCGACUAAACGAGCACAUCGCCCCAAAUUUCAUUCCGACAGUACACUACCCUCCAUGGAAAUUAGCGGCAUUCGCAAAUAUUCUGGGAUUCAGCGACCCUCUUUACCUUUCGAUUGAUUAUCACGGCACUCGGUCGUACCAGGAGAUCGGUUCCGUCGCGACCCCGCAGGGGCGACUGGUCACCUUUCCCGGCGUCCUGGAGCACCGGUUCGAACCAUUCCAGCUGGCCGAUCCGACUCGCCCGGGACAUUAUCGGUAUAUCAAGCUGUACCUGGUCGACCCGCACUACCGGGUGUGCUCCACUCGCAAUGUUCCGCCGCAACAGCAUGACUGGUGGGCACAAGUGGUGGGUAGCGACCUUGCCUCCUCGGCUGGAUUGCCCCGUGAACUAGUGGAUGGGAUUCUCCAGGAAACGGACAGUUGGCCGAUGGGGGUACAAGAAGCGAGACAGCACCGACGGGAACUCAUCAAGGAGCACCUUUGGAAUGAGGUAACUAAGCUGGCUAGGAUGUCCGGGCCUGGGUUCGAAUAA